GAAUGAUCAGUGUCUCCUGAGUCAGAGAGCUCAGAGUUGCCUGCUUCUACAAAGAACACAGCUUUAGAGGUAGUUGCUAACUCAGUUGAUCUCUCUCACACAUUGCAAAAUGGCUGAGCUUGAGAACAUACAAAACCUUCAUGAAAACUUCAAGAAACAAAAUAAAUCUUGUUUUAUCCUUGGUGCGUCAGGAGCAACUGGCAAAGAGUUGUUAAAAGAAAUUUUGAAACAGCAAUUGUUUUCUAAUAUCACCAUCAUAGGACGUAGAAAACUGACUUUUGAAGAAGUGGCAUAUCAAAAUGUGAAUCAACAGGUGGUAGACUUCGAAAAACUGGAUGAAUAUUCUGCAGCAUUUCAAGGUCAUGAUGUUGGAUUCUGUUGUCUUGGUACCACAAAAGCAAAAGGAGGAGCAGAUGGACUUGUUCGCGUUGAUCGAGAUUAUGUUUGCAUGUCAGCAGAGUUGGCAAAAGCUGGUGGUUGUAAACACUUCCUCUUGGUAUCUAGCAGUGGAGCUGAUAAGCACAGCAUUUUUUUUAUUUUAAAAAUCAAGGGUGAAGCAGAAGUUAAAAUUGAAGAACUUAACUUUGAUCGCUGCACUAUAUUUAAACCUGCAUUGAUUUUAUGUGACCGAGAAGAGUCACGUCCAUUAGAAUGGUGUGCUAGAAAAAUUCUGGGUUGCCUCUCUCAUGUGAUGUCUAUUACUGCACUUUCUGUGCCCAUUUCAACGUUAGCAAGAGCUAUGGUGAACAAUGCAGUAAUACCGAGUGACAAGAAGGUGGAGCUGUUAGAGAACAAGGAUAUCCACAUGAUUGGAAACCGAGAUGAAACAAAGACCAGCUAAAUGGUGUGAUGUUAUCAGAUAUUGUGCACUUCUGCCCCUCCCUAACAGCAUCACCAAUUCCUAUUUCAGGAUCUGGAAAAAGCUUGCAAUGCAGUAAAAUUUUGUUAAACAUCUGUGGUUUCUUCCUGCUGCCCCAGGAUUAUGAAAUAGUAAUCCAUUACAUUGUAAAUCGUGCUGUACCAUGAAAAUCCUUUUAUAAGGAUUAUGAGAUUGUAACAAUGAUAUGAGUUGUUUUUUCAAGAUGUAUUGAAUGAAAAUGAUACUUUUCCUGCAGAAUUUUUUAGUAUGAUUUUCAUCCAGCCUAUUACAUGCAUCGAUCCAAAUGAACAGGUGCCUUGCACUUAUUAAAUAGUAUUUUAAUAUAUGUAAUAAGAAAAAGAGGUUUCAGUUACAAGACUAUGUGGCACAUUCCGUCAGUUAUUCUCAGAACUGAACAUUAGCAAAGGGUGUGCAAUGGAGCAAAGACUAUGCAAUCAGUGACCCUUUGCCCCUUCACUGGGAGAGAAUUUCAGUAUAACACAAAGAAGCUGCUGUUACUAGUUUUGCUGCUGUCAGCCAGGGACGGCUUGGAGAAUGGUUGCUGUCGAAUUUGUGCCUGUGAUUAUGUUAUUGACUAAGU